AUGGCGGACGACAACAAGGAAAACAGAAUCGAGAUGAACGAAAACGCCGAGAAUAUCCCUCCCGAGGGCUCAACCGAACAAAAGGGCGGUCAAGGUAGCGGCGGCGGCGGCGGCGGCGGCGGCGACAGCGGCUCGUGGUACUCAAAACCCGAAAACUUCGGCAACAAAGCCGGCGACAAGGUCGAAGGCAUGCUCUCCCCGGUCGGCAAGUACACAGGCCCGGCCCUCCAGAAGGCCGGAGGGCCCAUCGGCGGCCUCGUGGAUCCGACGAUUGGGGGCGUCAUGAGAAUGGGCAAGGGCUGGGGCGAACAAGUCGGCGUCGGCUUUGGCAACCAUGAAGGCGGACCGGCGAAGCAGGAGGAGGCGGAAGCGCAAAGGAUGAAAGAACCUGUGGGUGGGAAAGAGCAGAAUGCAGAGAACCCGUUGGGGCUGUAA